AUGCCGGAUACAUACGAUGUUGUUGUUGUCGGUGCUGGGAUUUUUGGAAGCUGUACAGCUUAUCAUUGUCAGAAGAGAGGGCUCAAGACAUUGCUCAUUGAACAAUUCUCACUUGGGCAUAAAAAUGGAAGCUCUCAUGGAAAAUCUCGUAUCAUUCGAUACGCGCAUCCAGAAGGGUUUUACAUUCCUGUUGUCAAAGAUUCAUAUGAACAAAUUGAAGAACUUGAAAAGAAACGAGGAGAAAAAUUAUGGAAAAAUUGUGGUCUCUUGUAUUUGACAAAUGCAAAUCAUGCUCUUGAGAUGUCUUCUCAUUUAAACAAACACAAUUGUAAGAAUGAGAUUAUUGUUGGAAAUGAGAUUAACAAAAGAUAUCCUCAAUAUGAGUACGAUGAUUCGUGGAGUGCUGUGUUUGAUCCAAAAGGAGGAGUUCUCUAUGCUGAUAAAUGGUUGAAUGCUUUCCAGGAUGAAUUCAAAAAAAUUGGAGGUAUCGUUUAUGAAAAGGAGAAAGUGAUUUCAUAUCGAGAUGGAGAGAAAGGAAUCAUUUUGACAACAAUGAAGAGAGUGAUUAAAGCAAAGAAGGCGAUUUUCACUGUAGGGACUUGGCUUCAGCAAUUGGUUCCUGAAUUGGUACCGAUUGUGAAAGCACAGCCAGAAGCCAUCUGCGUUGUUUAUUGGAAACCAAAGAGAGAAUCUGAUCUUCAUUACUUCGGCGAAGAUAAAAUGCCUGUAGCAAUCAUGGAAAACAAAGAGAAAAAUGAGUAUGUUUACGGACUGCCAACUGUUGAUUAUCCGAAUGCUAUAAAGUUUGGUUUCCAUGGAGGUGAUCGUUACAAUAUUGGUGAUGAAGCCCAUCCACCAGAUCAGGAAUUGAUCGAGAAGCCGCGCCGCCAUUUACAGAAACAUCUCAAAAUGAUCGAUGCGAGUGCUCCCGUUCACAUUGAUCGAUGCAAAUAUACUAUGUCAUUGGAUGAUCAUUAUGUGAUCGAUCAAUUGCCGGAAAGUCCAAACGUUUAUGUGGCUGGGUGUUGCUCGGGAACUGGAUUCAAGGUGGCUCCAGCGAUUGGUCGUGGUCUUGCGUGUUGGGUAAAGAAUGAAAAAGCACCUUUCGAUCUAAGCCACUUCUCUCUUCAACGCUUCAAGAAAAGCAAAAUU